AUGUCCUGCGGGCGCCCGCCCUCGCCGCUCGCGUGUCGCGCUUUUGCACUGUCCUCUGUCGCGCCGAGCGUUCGGAGCCGAGAGCCGUCCGUCCGCCAGUCGCCCGUCACUCGUGGAGUGCGCAUAACGUCUGUCAGGCCACGAAACGCGACGGGAAAACCAUGCGGUGAAGAAACUGUUUGUUGUGCUAUUGAAGUGUCACUUAUUUGGAAAAUUGGAUUAUACGAACGUAUAAUGGCCUUAGCUAGGCUAGCGUCGGGCAGUGAGUGCGGUGGAGGGUCGGGCGGCGGCGCGCCCGCUCCGCAGUCGGCGCGGGUGACCUCGAACGGCGCCGGGGGUAUGGCGGUGAGCCGCGUGCCCAGCCCGUUACACGACGGGAACACACCCGUCGCUGAAAACUGGUGCUUUACACAGGUGAAGGUGGUCAAGUUCAGUUAUAUGUGGACAAUAAAUAAUUUUAGUUUUUGUAGAGAAGAGAUGGGUGAAGUGUUGAAAUCAUCGACUUUCUCGGCCGGUGCUAGUGACAAGUUAAAGUGGUGUCUCCGCGUUAAUCCAAAAGGACUCGAUGAAGAGAGCAAAGACUAUUUAUCGUUAUAUUUAUUAUUAGUGUCGUGUAAUAAAUCGGAAGUGCGGGCGAAGUUCAAGUUUUCGAUACUGAACGCGAAACGGGAGGAGACGAAGGCGAUGGAGUCGCAGCGGGCGUAUAGAUUCGUACAGGGAAAGGAUUGGGGAUUCAAAAAGUUCAUCAGGAGGGAUUUUCUACUGGAUGAAGCGAACGGUCUCUUACCAGAGGACAAGUUGACGAUAUUCUGCGAAGUGUCAGUGGUCGCGGACAGUAUCAAUAUCAGCGGGCAAAGCAAUGUAGUGCAAUUCAAAGUGCCGGAGUGCCGGUUAUCGGAUGACUUGGGAGCCCUGUUUGAUAGCGAGAGAUUUUCAGACGUCACGUUAGCCGUCGGUGGCAGGGAGUUCCAAGCGCACAAGGCGAUAUUAGCAGCGAGAAGUCCUGUGUUCGCGGCGAUGUUCGAACACGAAAUGGAGGAGAGGAAACGUAACCGAGUAGACAUUACAGACGUAGAUCACGAGGUGUUACGUGAAAUGUUACGGUUUAUAUACACCGACCGAGCGCCGAAUCUAGACAAAAUGGCUGACGAUCUGUUGGCGGCUGCCGAUAAGUAUGCGUUGGACAGACUAAAAGUGAUGUGUGAAGAAGCGCUCUGCCUCAGCCUGUCAGUGGAGACGGCCGCAGACACGCUAAUACUAGCCGACCUACACUCUGCUGACCAGCUCAAGGCGCAGACCAUAGACUUUAUUAACACGAGUCACGCGACAGAUGUGAUGGACACCAUCGGCUGGAAGAACAUGAUAUCGUCGCAUCCUCACCUCAUAGCGGAGGCGUUCCGCGCCCUCGCCACGCAGCAACAGCAGAUCCCGCCGAUCGGCCCCCCUCGGAAACGGGUGAAGCAAGCCUAG